GAAAAACCAGAACCACCGGUAUGAAACCGUGAUGUAAAAAUUUCUAAGACCUGGGACCAGCUCAAGACAUGUCUGGGACUGCUCGGCCUGGAGGGGCUCUGUCCUACGGCAACUGCCUCAGGCGAGGGUUGGGAAAUUCUAAAAGGGGAGGGCAUUUCUGAUUCUCCUGCUAGGUUUCUGCAAAAGGCCCAACUGGUGUAAUCUCUAUAGACUGCCUAUCCUCACCCUACCUCCCCACCCACGCCCUUCCAAGACACAAAAAGCAAAUAAAAGACUUUAAGUCACCACUGCGCCUCGGGUUGACUCCGGAGGUGGAUCAGCGUCUUGGGGCGGGAGAGAGGAGGGCAGGGGGUGCUGUAGGGAAUGGGUAGAAUGCUGACCGGCCCAAGAACUCUUCAGCCCCCACAAGCACGCUUUCUCAAACCUGCCUGUCACAGAUAAGCAAUUACAUCUUGCUUCCCUUUGCUCAAGCAUUUCAGCUCUUUAAGCCUGGAGGAAGAAGGAGCCUGUGUAUCCCCACAGGCACUUUCCCUCCGUUUCCUCAGCCAGCUUCAAAUUACAGACCUGAGCUUCCUACCUCACAGCCGGGAGGACAGGCCCACCCAGGCCGUAUACCUGGGGGACUUUUCAGGCUCUCUUGGUUCCCAGCUUUACACCAUUCUCUCUCACACCUGGUUCUGUCUCUAACUGGAGGAGCCUGGAGCGAUCUUGCAGGGAGCACUGAGAGGGACUGAGGAAAGAACCCCUUGGACGAGCGGGUCUGGAGAUAAGUGGGGUGAACCCUCUGAACUGGCUUCCCACAAUAUAAUCACUACAGCGAGUCUUUGAGGGAGAGAGAGAGUUCUCUCUCCCUCCUUCAUUCUCUUAGUCCCACCCGCCUCGCCUGGUCUUGCCUCCCGGUUUCCAUGACAACUCCAAGGGAGCCUAAACUGGGGGCUUGAAUGCCAGGGUGAGAGCAGGAAAGAGGUGGUCCAAGAGCAGAGAGAACCAGUGUGUGUGUGGGGGGACUUCUGAAGCUCUCCCCCUCCCUCGCCUCGGUCCCUUUAAGCUCCCCCCCCCCUUGCCACCCUCCCUCUGCUUGCCCCCCUCCGACUCUGUCUUCAUCUCUCCAUCUCUGCGCUGCCGCCGCCGCCGCCGCCGCCGCCGCUGCCGGCUGCGCCAUCCCGGACCCAGACUCCUGCACCAGCCAGGGGGCCCUGACGCCCGCCUCAGAGACCCUGUCCCAGCAAUUGCAAACAUGUCAUCGGAAAAGUCAGGCCUUCCAGACUCAGUUCCCCACACUUCACCGCCGCCCUACAAUGCGCCCCAGCCUCCGGCCGAGCCCCCCAUCCCGCCCCCACAAACGGCCCCCUCCUCACACCAUCACCACCACCACCACUACCACCAGUCUGGCACUGCCACCCUCCCGCGCUUAGGGGCAGGUGGCCUGGCCUCUGCUGCGGCUGGCGCUCAGCGUGGCCCUUCGUCCUCCGCCACGCUACCGAGGCCCCCUCACCAUGCCCCGCCCGGUCCCGGCGCUGGGGCUCCCCCACCCGGCUGUGCUACCUUACCCCGCAUGCCACCCGACCCUUAUCUGCAGGAGACUCGCUUCGAGGGCCCACUUCCCCCACCACCGCCGGCGGCUGCCGCCCCGCCCCCGCCAGCGCCAGCCCCGACGGCCCAGGCCCCGGGCUUUGUGGUGCCCACGCACGCGGGGGCGGUGGGCACGCUGCCGCUGGGGGGCUACGUGGCGCCCGGCUACCCGCUGCAGCUGCAGCCCUGCACUGCCUAUGUUCCGGUGUAUCCGGUGGGCACGCCCUACGCAGGCGGGACCCCCGGGGGCCCGGGAGUGACCUCCACUCUGCCCCCGCCGCCCCAAGGCCCAGGGCUGGCUCUGUUAGAGCCCAGGCGCCCGCCGCACGACUACAUGCCCAUCGCCGUGCUGACCACCAUCUGCUGCUUCUGGCCUACAGGCAUCAUCGCCAUCUUCAAGGCCGUGCAGGUGCGCACGGCCUUGGCCCGCGGAGACAUGGUGUCCGCCGAGAUCGCUUCACGCGAGGCCCGGAACUUCUCAUUCAUCUCCCUGGCCGUGGGCAUCGCAGCCAUGGUGCUCUGUACCAUCCUCACGGUCGUCAUCAUCAUCGCCGCCCAGCACCACGAAAACUACUGGGACCCCUAAACACGUUCCCAUCUCGGCCCCACUCUGUGCCCCCCAACCUCCCAGGCGCGUCGUGCCGUCCUGCCGCCUACCCAACGCGCGCCCUGCACAUCCUCCUGUGGCCGCCGGACUUCCAGACAUCAUAAACUCCGCCCCCUCGGAAUCUCUGGCCCAGCGAGUACGCUCCGAAUCCAGUUCCUCAGGAACCUCUCCAAAGCCCACAUCCCCAGCGGCACUGGAAUCCAGGCCAAACACCGAGUCCCGAGUCGCCCCAGUUCCCCAGCCCAUCAAAGUGCAAUGCCGGGGGCGGAGCUCUCCUGGUCUCCGAUCCCCGGUAGGGAGUCAGGUCCCCGAAGCUCCGCCUCCUCUAUAGGCCCCGCCCCAACUCCCACAAACCCCGCCUCCAGGUCGGCAGGCUCCGCCUUCUUUUCUUCCUUGCGGGGUGAUUUAGUCUGUUGAUUGGGUAUUUGAAUUCAGGCCCAGCCUACAGACGGACAGACGGACGCUUACCCCUACCCCUCUAAGAGGACUCAGCCCUGGGAGAACUGCAACCCUACUCUGGUUCGGAUUUUUGCCAAUGCGGAUUUCUCUUCUCCGCCGGGGUUUCUACCUAUUUUCCUGCUAAUUCCAGAACUCCUGUUUUGUUGGUUUUGGAGUGAGAUGUGGGAAGUUUCUGGUUUUAGUACCCCUCACCCUGGAAAAAGAACCAAGUCCCUGCAAUGUAAAUACUCUUUCUAGCUGUGCCAACCCCUGGGCAGCGGGGCAGAAGGAUUCAGGAAGGGAGCCUGCGCACCCCGCUCCUCUCAACCCUAGACUUGUUUUGAUCUGUGUGUGCGUGUGUGUGAACUUCCGAAAGACGGUAUUAAAGACACUUUAGUGGAUUUAUCACCCGCA